AUGAAAACCUGGAUAGUUUUGUGUAUAUUUGCAUCCAAUAUUGGAGUGGUUUACACCUGCACCUGUUUGGGUGUACCAACAAACGGAUGUGAUUCAGAAUAUUCCAUUCUAGGAUUUGUGUUAGGAGAACACAUGAUCGGAUCACCUCCAGAUGAUGAAAUCAUAUACACUGUUCGAGUACUCCAUGUUUAUAAGGCGCCAGGAUUUUUUCCAAGGACAGUUCAAAUAAGGGCUUAUGUAGAGGGAUCACUUUGUGGCUUGCGCCUCAGACCAAGACAAGCAUACGUCAUAUCCGGUUUUACAGAUGAAUUCAGGCUAAGAACAAACGCAUGUGCAUUCACACGGGCUUGGGAUGAGAUUCCUACAUCAGAGCUGGGGAACCUGUUUUGUCGAAGACCUUAA